GUCUUUACACAGUUGAGCGACUCGAGCGUUCCAUUCAUUCAGAGAGAAUUACUGGACUUGAUUACCCCAACUUCGCAUCGUCAUAUUGUUGGCACAAACUUUACGGAGCCGCGCAAGUUGUUAGAAUCUCUCUGUCUCCAAGACCUCCGUGACAUUUGCUGUCUCGCUCACAGUUUGAGCGGACUGUACUUUCUGGGGAUAGUUAUUAAUCGAGACUCCGAUAAUCGCGUGUGUGGACUGGGAUUUUAAAGAGAGGAGUGGGAGUUCUCAAAUGCAAAACUACACAUAUGAGAAAGCCAUGGCACCCGAGACGAGAAACGGUGGAACAUCUACGUUAAACAACAACAACGGUAUCGACACCAAGAGAAGAAAACUUUUAAUAGCUUUGGAUCUCUUCUGCCUUCUCUUAGCUGGCCUGCCUUUCCUGAUUCUUGAGUUUAGCCCAAUCAAGCCUUACCGCCGCGGCUUUUACUGCAGUGACCAGUCCAUCCGGUACCCCUAUAAAAAUGGAGACACCAUAAGUGAUGCUGUACUUUGCUCUGCAGGCAUACUUAUUGCCGUCUGCUCUAUCGUCAUUGGAGAAUGCUACAGGAUCUAUUGCCUGAAUCAGGGCUCCAAGUCCUUUGUGGGGAAUCCCUAUGUCUCCGCCCUCUACCGGCAGGUGGGCGUGUUUAUCUUCGGCUGUGCUAUCAGCCAGUCGUUUACAGACAUCGCCAAGGUGUCUGUGGGAAGAAUGAGGCCGCACUUCCUGGAUGUGUGUCGACCGGAUUUUUCUACCAUUAACUGUUCUCUUGGAUACAUCACUAACUACACCUGCAGGGGUCUGGAGAGUAAAGUACAGGAGGCCAGGAAAUCCUUCUUCUCUGGCCACGCCUCGUUUUCCAUGUACACUAUGCUGUACCUGACUUUCUACCUGCAGUCUCGCUUUACGUGGCGGGGGGCGCGGCUUUUGAGGCCCCUCCUCCAGUUCACGCUACUGAUGAUGGCGUUCUACACUGGCCUAUCACGUGUGUCCGACCAUAAGCACCACCCCACGGAUGUCCUGGCCGGCUUUGCCCAGGGCGCGCUGGUGGCCUACUGUAUAGUCUUUUAUGUGUCUGAUCUCUUCAAGCCUAAAGUGAAGGCCAACACUCCGCCCCCUUCGCCAAUCAAAAAGGAGCUCCUCUCCUCAGCUGACAUCAUAGACAGAAACAACCACCAUAACAUGGUGUGAGGGGGCAACGGACACCCCCCCAAAAACCACAUGAGGCACCUGUGAUAGGGGAGGGGCAUCUCCCUCUCUCCCUCUCUCUUCUCUGUCUCUCUCUCUCUCUGCC